GUGAAUUUCAAUAUGGCGCUGUCCAUGUCCCCGAAAAUGUUCGCAUCAAAAUGGGAUCAUCACUAGGCUGUAACUGCAAAAUUGUGCACUGUCAUUAAAGAUGUCGGGGCUAUGCGCCUUCACUCCUGCAAGGAAGAUGGCAGCAUUAAGAGCAGCAGGGACAGUUCACCACUAUCAGAGAUAUUACAGACUUGCAACCCAGCUGUCAGCCAAACACUUCUUGAGAUGUACCUCUCUGGAUGAUCAGAAGCCUAUUGCGAAAGUCCACACCAGUCCAAGAACAUCUGCUGGAUUACUGCGACCUGGGCAGAGCAGAGAAUUCUUGCCAGCCGGCGAAGUACGGAAGAUGUUCCUGGAUUAUUUUCAAGGGCCAAAUGAUCAUGUGUUUGUGCCAUCUUCAUCAGUGAUUCCCUAUGGUGAUCCUACACUGCUAUUCACCAAUGCAGGAAUGAAUCAGUUUAAGGACAUAUUUCAAGGAACCAUCCGUCCUGAUAUGGUUCAAAACUGCUACCGGCGGGUAGUCAACAGUCAGAAGUGUAUCAGGGUUGGAGGCAAGCACAAUGAUCUGGAUGAUGUGGGCAAGGACAUUACACAUCACACCUUCUUUGAGAUGCUUGGAAAUUGGUCUUUUGGAGAUUUCUUCAAGAAAGAAGCAUGCACCAUGGCCCUGGAUCUGUUAACCAGUGUGUACAGACUGCCCAUUGAGAAUCUCUACUUCACCUACUUCAAGGGACACAAUGAGCUACAGCUAGAAGCUGAUGAGGCAACAAGGCAAAUAUGGUUAGAUUUAGGAGUUCCUAAGGAUAGAGUCCUUCCCUUUGGCCUGGCAGAUAACUUCUGGGAGAUGGGUGCUGUUGGUCCGUGUGGACCUUGUACUGAGAUUCACUUUGAUCGUCAUGGCAACAGAAAUGCAUCACACCUUGUCAACUCUGGUGACCCUGAUGUACUAGAGAUUUGGAAUCUUGUGUUCAUGCAGUUUUACAGAAAUGAAGCAGGAAGUCUUUACAAUCUUCCCAAACAUCAUGUCGACACAGGGAUGGGACUAGAAAGACUGGUAUCCAUCCUUCAAGGAGUGCCUUCCAGUUAUGAUACAGACUUAUUCCAGCCUCUUAUCAAGACAUUGGAAGAGAAAUGUCCAGUAAGACCAUACCAAGGUCUAUUUGGAGAGAAGGACCAAGACCAUGUUGAUACAGCAUACAGGGCAGUAUCAGACCAUGUUAGGAUGCUUACUGUGGCCAUUGCAGAUGGCUGUAGACCAGACUCUCAGAAACGUGGGUAUGUUAUAAAGAGAGUGAUCAGGAGAGCAGUGCGAUAUGCUACAGAGAAACUUCAGGCUUCAUCUGGUACUCUUGGCAGUCUCGUUCCUUUGGUUGUUAACUCUUUGGGGAACACCUUUCCUGAAUUGGAAGAGAAUCCUGGGUAUAUUGCUGAUGUACUGAAUAGGGAAGAGGAACAGUUCUUAACAACUCUGAGGAAAGGAGAGAAAUACCUCAAGAAAGCAAUAACAGAACUUGGUGCACAUGAAGUAUUACCAGGUGAUGUUGCUUGGAAGAUGUAUGAUGCCUAUGGGUUUCCUCUUGACCUAACAACCCUGAUAGCCAACGAGAAUGGACUUGGUGUGGACAUAGAGGGCUUUGAGAAGUCUAGAAUGGAAUCAAAAGAGAUCACAUCAAAAGGAGGGAUCAAGAACGAACAGCUGCUAUCAAACAACAAGCUCGAGACGACAGACAUCAGUCACCUACAGGAACAGUCUGUUAAGGACACAGAUGACUCCUAUAAAUACAACUACCAGCAUCUAAAACAUGGAAAAUACACUUUCCCUCUUAUUCACUCUCACAUCCUUGCCUUGAAGACACCUGAAGGUUUUGUUGAAAGCAUCCAAAGUGGUCAAGAAUGUGGUAUUAUAUUAGAUAGGACCACCUUCUAUGCUGAGCAGGGUGGUCAACAAUGGGAUCAAGGAUCCUUUGUGUCGGCUCAUGAUGAAGAGCUGAUGUUUUCUGUUUAUGACGUGCAAUCUUACGGCGGUUACAUUCUUCACCUUGGGACUACAGCUGAAGCAGUAUCUGUCGGUGAUCAUGUGACAUUAUAUGUAAAUGAGGAUAGAAGAGAGAAACUGAUGAGGAACCACACAGCAACCCACAUCUUGAACUUUGCUCUUCGACAAGUCCUAGGUCAUGUUGAACAGAAGGGGUCAAUGGUGGCGCCAGACAGGUUCAGAUUUGAUUUCAAUACUGAGAAAUCAAUCUCAGACAGAAAGCUACAACAGAUAUCCAGCAUUGCCAACAACCUCAUCUCUGAAUCCCUACCUGUCCAUCGUGAGUCCAUCCCUCUUCAGAAAGCCCUUGGUUUAGAGGGUCUUCGGACAAUGACGGGUGAGACCUACCCUGAUCCUGUCACAGUGGUCAGUAUUGGUCAUCAUGAUGGUCAAUUGAUUGGGGACAUGAAUGCUGUUGGUAUGGAGACAUCACUAGAGCUCUGCGGUGGGACACAUGUCCAGAACACUGGUCACAUUCGUAGAUUGGUCAUUGUAUCUGAGAAGCUGGUCAGUAAAGGUGUUAGAAGACUGACCGUAGUAACCAGCAAUGACGUCAUGUUAGCUGACUAUACCUCCAACAAGUUUCUGCAGAGACUUGGCCAGCUUGAGACAGAGAUUCACAAUGUAUGGACUUCAAAUAAUCCAGAAUCAAGAGACAGUGUGAUGGAAUCUUUGGAAACCUUUAUGCAUGAUGUUGAAGGAGCUCAUAUAGAUCUAUGGAAGAAGAGAGAGAUGAACAGACGAGUUGCUGACAUGCAGAAUAAACUUAAGAAAGCAGACAAACUCAACAAGAAAUCAGUCAUCAGACAGGUUUCUGCGAGAUUAAAUGAAGAGUUCAGACAUGGUAAUACAAAUCAGUCAUGUCUGGUAGGAAUGGCAGGGGAUAGUAUUGAUAACAAGGUGCUUCUGAAAAUACAACAAUCAUUAGAAGACGACUUUGGCUCUACUCCUGUUAUGCUUUUCAGUACCGACAAGGAGAAGGCUUAUUGCAUCUGCAAAGUUCCUCAGGAGUUUGUUUCGAGGGGAUUACAUGCCAGCCAGUGGAUGGACUUUGUAAUGAGUGAGAUCAAGGGGAAGGGCUUUGGCACAGAGACCUUUGCUAGGGGGCGUGGCUUAGCAUCAUAUAGCUUGGAAGAAUGCUCGGAGAAAGCAAGACAAUAUGUAGUACAGAGACUUGAAGAAGAUACGUAGCAUUUCAUACACAGGAAAUAUCAAGUAAGAGCUAUUUGUUAAUGUCAUAUUGAAGUAUAUGGUUAUGAAAGGUAUGCCGAUACUAGCCAGAUGUGUGCUAUUGUUGCAGCUUGACACAUAUGCUAUCUUGUAUAUCACUGUCCUUGAGUUUCAUUAGACUACUUGAACAGUAUAUGCAAUAUUCAUUUCUUGAUGGCUUUUUAAAUUUUCACACAAAACAUACAUUCAUUGUGGAAAGGCAAGUUGAUGAGUUUAUAACCAACCAAUUUUAAAAGAAAUAUUUAUUGUGAACAUUGGAACAAGGUCACAACACCCAACAAUGCUGUAUGAAGUUCAUAUUGGAGAAGCAAGGGAUCUUUGUAUGAAUAGAUUUCUGUAUCUAACAUGAUAGAGUUAAGGUCAUGCACAAUAAUACAAUCCACAGUGUGCAAGACACAAUGUGCAAUAGCCUAUAAAUGGGUCAGAUGCAUAAAAAGUAGCAAUUGCAUUCGCUUGGCUUCUUCUUGGCUUUUGCUUGAUUGCGUAUGCAUAAUAAUGAGCGAGAAUGCUUUUACUAGUAAGUUCAAGCAAUCGCUAUCUGGCUCCUAGCAUUUUCUUGAUGAUUAAGCUAUUGCUAAAAAGUGUAUGCAUGAAGCGAACAUUUCACUUGUGCAUUUAAGCACUUGCUUGGGUUUUUUCAAGCUCCGCCAGAGCAGCUUGAGCGUUUGCUUGAUCAGGGCAUUCGCGCAUUUAUACGCCAAUCCUACGGGACGUAUUAUGGUGUCACGCUCGGAGUCCGUCCGUUCGUUAACUUUUCCUUGUAAACGCAAUAACUUCAGUUUAAGUUAACCUUAGUUCAUAUUUAUUAUUGUGUAUGAUACUAGCAUGGAUAUUACGUGCUCGCCUUUGCGACACUUGUUUAAUCAUGUUUAUGCACCUGAGAGAGAACCCCCAAGGUGUACCGUAGCCUACAAGUACAUGUUUUAUUCCUAAUAAGUGCGAACCAAAUGCCAAAAAAUAAAUUUAUCCGAAAGAAACGAGUUUGACACCACAUCUGAGGAAUAAAUGUUUACUAAAAGAAGUGGUAAUUUGCACUGCCACACCUUUGCGUUCAAGUCCUGUUUCUACGAGUCAUGUUCGCACCAGCAUGAUUUCGCUAUUGCUCAAACCACUAGCAAUUAGGCAAGAAAAGUGUUCACGCACUAGCAAAGGGUUAUGCAUACGAAAUUAAACAAUUGCUGAAGCAUGAUAUUUUGAAUGGCUAGCUAUUGCUUGUGCUUGAAGCAAUUUGCUUGCCAGCAAUCAAAAGGUCCCAGCAAAUUUAAUUCAAUUCGAACUCAAAACCUGCCAGUCACCAGACUGUUGCACUAUUGCUGAACCACUUGUGCAUGCCCCUUGAAAGCAUAUGUAUUAGAGAAAAAAGUUGUAUGCAAGUAGAUCUUGUUUCCUCCAGUGCACAUUCAUAGAAUUACUCUGUGUCUCUUGUGUACAUCAUAAAGUAAUUUUAGGUUUUCAUGCAUCAAUAGUGGAAAUGGCUGUUAUACGAAUCAUGGUUUAGAUGAGAAAUCUAUUAAAAUAUGAAAUUAUUUGGUAGUUUUUGUACAAUGUAUUCCUACUUUUACGAGGUAUGUAAACUAUUGAAAAAAAUACAAAUAUUGUGCGAAUGUCAUUGAUACGUGUAUCUAAUUAUAGGGCUAUGAAUUCAAAAGGGUGUCAUUAUUAGUAUUUCAA